AUGCCUGGUGGUAAAGCUGGUAAAGAUCAUGGAAAAACAAAGGCUAAAUCGGUCUCUCGUAGUGCCCGUGCUGGUCUGCAAUUUCCCGUCGGUCGUAUUCAUCGUCAUUUGAAGUCUCGUACAACUUCACAUGGACGUGUUGGUGCAACAGCCGCUGUUUAUACAGCUGCUAUUCUUGAAUACUUAACUGCUGAAGUACUCGAACUUGCUGGUAACGCAUCGAAAGAUCUUAAAGUAAAACGUAUCAACCCACGUCAUUUACAAUUGGCUAUUCGGGGCGAUGAAGAAUUAGAUACAUUGAUUAAAGCUACAAUCGCUGGUGGUGGUGUUAUUCCACAUAUUCAUAAGUCUCUUAUCGGAAAGAAGACACCCGUUCAAGGAAGUUUACCUCAAGCAGCAGCUAAACCAAAUGCACAAUAA